UUACUACAACUGUCAAAAUUCCGAUAAUUAUUAUAGUCAGAUGGCAUGUGUUUUUUGCUGUGAAGAAGAAAAAUAUCGAUAAAAAAUAGUAAAUAUAUAUUGAAAAAAAAAAAAAAAAAUGUCCGGUGAACAAGAGUUGAUAUCAGAUCAAGGAUUACGAUUGGAUGGUCGACGAGCGAAUGAGUUACGUCGUAUUCAAUAUAAAUUAGGUGUAUUCACACAACCCGAUGGCAGUGCAUAUUUGGAGCAAGGCAAUACAAAAGUGCUGGUUGCUGUUUACGGUCCGCACAAACAAACGAAAUCAAGUGAUGAAUUUGUGUUGAAUUGUCAGUAUAGUAUGGCCACAUUUUCAACGAGUGAACGAAAAAAUCGUCCGCGUGGCGAUCGAAAAUCUGAAGAAAUGGCCAUUCAUUUGAAACAAUCAUUGCAAGCUGCCAUUAUGAUUGAAUUGUAUGAACGUUCACAAAUCGAUGUGUUUGUUGAAAUUCUUGAAGCCGACGGUGGAGCCUAUUGUGCAUCGGUAAAUGCAGCCACAUUGGCAUUGGUCGAUGCUGGCAUUUGUUUACGUGAAUAUGUUUGUGCAUGUACGGCAUCGAUUGCAAACGGUGACAUUCCAUUGUUGGAUGUAUCACAUAUUGAAGAAGUAUCCGGCGGACCAACACUUUGUAUUUCAGCAUUGCCAAUGUCGGAAAAAGUGGCACUACUCGAGAUGUCACAACGAUUUCAUUUGGAUCAUUUGCCAAAAGUGCUAAAAACCGCAAUGGAUGGAUGCAAAGAAAUUCAGAAAAUCAUCGACAAAGCCGUUCGUGAAUAUUCAGCCGCUGUUGGUGCAGCCAGUGAUUGGGGCAUUGGUAGCAACUGAAUUGUAAUCUUUUUCUCAAUCAGUGAUUAGUUCAUAUAAAAAAAAGAAAAUAGAAUAAGAAUUUCAAUAAAAAUUAAUUUCAUUUGUAUCACGUU